GUUUCCCAAAAAAAGGAAAAAGGGCUGACUGAUCAUUUCAAUAACUCCAGGAGACUAUGAUUCGGAGACAAAAUUACAAACUACCGUUGUGAGUUUGUUAAAUAGUUCCGAUUUCCCGCCAAUCGAAACAAACUUCAAUCCACAGUCGCACCAUGGCCUUCUCUGCAGCGCUCAGAGCUUUCUUGAUUCUUAUCUCUCUUCAUCACUACAGACAAUCGUCAGCUCAGGAGGAUAUCGCCAUCAGCGACGGCCCAGCCCCUUCUCCUUCUUUCCCCUCCCCGCCUCUGGUCCCGGCUUUGUUCGUUAUCGGCGACUCCUCCGUCGAUUGCGGGACCAAUAAUUUCCUCGGCACGUUUGCUAGGGCGGACAGGCCUCCUUACGGCCGAGAUUUCGACACCCAUCAGCCCACUGGCCGUUUCAGCAACGGAAGAAUCCCUGUGGAUUAUCUGGCAUUGCGUCUUGGGCUUCCUUUUGUUCCGAAUUAUCUUGGGCUGAGAGGCUCUGUUAAAGACAUGAUUCGGGGCGUGAAUUAUGCUUCUGCAGGAGCAGGGAUCAUCUUCUCCAGCGGUUCAGAACUGGGUCAGCAUAUCUCACUCACACAGCAGAUUCAGCAGGUGACAGACACAUUUCAGCAGUUUACACUAAGCAUGGGUGAAGAAGUUGCAUCUGAUCUCAUCUCAAAAUCUGUCUUCUACAUUUCUAUGGGGACCAAUGACUACAUACAUUACUAUCUUCGUAACGUGUCGAAUGUUCAAACGCUCUACCUUCCAUGGAGAUUCAACCAGUUCUUGGCACAGACUAUGAAGCGGGAGAUAAAGAACCUGUACAAUGAUAAUGUGAGGAAAGUGGUUGUGAUGGGGUUGGCACCAAUGGGUUGUGCACCUUAUUAUCUGUGGAUGUACCCUGAAACAAAUGGGGAGUGUGUUGACAUGAUAAAUGACAUGAUUCUUGAAUUCAACUUUGAAAUGAGACAAAUGGUUGAAGAACUUGCUCAGGAGCUUGUCGGUGUGAGGAUCAUCUUCUGUGAUGCAUUUCAAGCCUCAAUGGACAUUAUGGAGAAUCACGACCGUUAUGGUCAGAAGCUAAUCUCUUUUUUUCUUUUCUUCUUCUCUUUUUCAUAUGAAUGUUUAAUUGUUUUUUGUUUGCGUAUUUGUUGUUUUAGGUUUCAAUGUAACAGCAGAAGCAUGCUGCGGUUUUGGGAGGUAUAAAGGGUGGUUUCUAUGUAUAGCACCUGAAAUGGCUUGCAGCAAUGCAACUAAUCAUAUUUGGUGGGACCAGUUUCAUCCAACGGAUGCGGUUAAUGCGAUCAUUGCUGAUAAUGUGUGGUCGAGCUUGCAUAUCAACAUGUGCUACCCGAUGAACUUGAAGGAAAUGAUAAGUCACACCAGUUGAUGAAGUGGUGUAGUUACUCAAAUGAUGUAGAACUAGUGGUGGUAAUUAUCAUAUAACCAUAGUAUUGAUUUCCAUUCCCUUGUCAAUCUCAGUAAAUUCUAAAACUAGGUGCUAUUGAGUCAUUCAUACAUAUACAUCUGAUGAAAUCCCUGCAUAAUAAAUAAAGUCAUAUAUAAGCAUGUAACUAGUUCAUGUUAGUCAAAUUAGUAGAAUGAAUAUUUCAAGAAGUGGUUUGAAGAAGUGCAGAGGAUAGGAUAGAAGAGUGACAUCAAAUAAGGAAUUGUCAUGUUCUUGAACAAAGAUGGAUUCCCAGACACAAAUCCUUCCACUCUGG